AUGAAACCGGAAAAUAUCAUGUGUAAUGGUACCGAACUUGUUAAAAUUGCCGAUUUUGGUUUAGCACGUGAAAUACGUUCAAGACCACCCUAUACUGAUUAUGUUUCCACCCGUUGGUAUCGAGCACCAGAAGUUCUUCUACGUUCCACAUCCUAUAAUUCACCAAUUGAUAUCUGGGCACUUGGUUGUAUUAUGGCUGAAUUAUACAUGCUUAGGCCAUUAUUUCCUGGUACUUCAGAAUUGGAUCAACUUUUUAAAAUUAUUACAAUACUGGGAACACCUAGUAAGGAUGAUUGGCCGGAAGGUUAUCAAUUAGCUAUAGCAAUGAAUUUCAAAUUUCAACGAUGCGUUCCAAUACCAUUUGCAGCAAUUGUAAAUUCAGUAGGUGAUGAUGGCCUUAAAUUGAUGACAGAUAUGAUGCUUUGGAAUCCGGAAAAACGACCUAGUGCUAUCAGUUCCUUGAAAUAUCGAUAUUUUCUGGUUGGAGAAAAAUUAGGAGCACCAACGAUCAGUCAACCAUCAACAUCAAAUCGAGAAACUAGUGCUGGUUCAACACUAUCCGAUUCCUAUGUAUUACUUGGUAAAGCAAAAUUAAAAACGAAUGUUUCUGCAACAAAACCUGAUAUUGGAAAUAUCAAUCCGGAACGAAAUAUUAAUAGAAAUUUACCCAUUAUAAAACUUCUGGAUGAAUCAUCGAAAGCUGAUACAUUAUUGGAUAAGAAUAGUCAUACAAUCACUGGUACUAUAUAUAUGAAAACUAAAUUACCUGCCAAAGAAUUGUAUAUGUCAAAAUCAAGAUAUAUGCCUGGUCUUAUGAUUAAUCAGAUGAAUCAACAAAGUAUUGAUCCAACGAAACGAUCAAAUAUGAAGCCAAAUUUAGCAAGAUCAGCAAUACAGGCUCGUUUCGAAUAUGCUUACGGUUAUGUACCAUCAUUUGGCGUCCGGAAAAAUCCAUUAAACAAUCAAAGUACAAAACCAUCCGGAAGAAUUGAUUGGACAGCAAAGUAA